UGUGGAGUUGGUUUGGCCCAAGUCAUUUUAUUGUACAUUUGAUGUCAGAUGCACUCGGUAUUUUCUUGUACAGUGAUAAGAUGCAUUUGUAAGUACUUACGGUGCGUUGCAUUUACAAGGAACUCUAGUCCAAGUCUUUCUAAUAGUCUCGAGCACCGGUAACCAUAACCACACUUCACGAGCGGCGGCCAUAGCAUGCUUGGGGAAGCUUCAGCUGCUGGAUCGGAGCACGCAGGAUUAGGAUGUUCUUCUGAGAGCUUCCACAUGGAGGAGAUGAUCUACAUAGCUGUCGGGAAGGACUACAACCCCGACAAGUGCAACCUCCUGUUUGUUCUACAGCGGUUUCCAGGGCCCAUUGGCAUACUCCACGUCCACUCGCCAUCCAAGCUGAGACCCAUCCGUCAGAGCAGCAACAAUCUUUUGCAAUUCUUCCUGCAAGUGGGUGCUAGAAUGCCAGAGAAGUUUGCAAGAGAAGAUGUAAAUGUACAGCACAAGAGGAGAGAGAAGGAAAAGAUGCUGAAGCUGUUAAGGAGUUAUGCAACCCUGUGCUCUGAGCGAGAGGAAAAUCACCUGGCAACUGGACGCUUGGAUUAUGCAAUGCAGACUGCUGGCGGAGGCCAACUGCAUUUAGAAAUGAACUCACUGUAGAAAGUACUAUUAAGGUAAGAGGGAUAGAUUACUUGAGCAUUGUACAAAACCUUUUCCCUCAAGCAGAACGAAACCUUCUCCCUGUU